CCGGGUCAUGGUUUACAUUAUUCCUCUCUUCCACUCGAAUCUACCCACUUGUUUGAAUAGAGAAACAGCGCUGGGAGGUGGAACGCAAACAGCGUUAUAAAGUAUAAUCUAUUGCCAAUGCAUCGCAUUACUCGUGGAAUUCCCAAAACUUCAGUCUAUUCUGUGAUCCAGUUUAAACCACCUCUGAUCUACUAGGCAUCUCCAGUUCCCUUCUGACUUGCCUGUGACCUCAGUGGAUACGUCCUCACCUCGACUCCGAGGGACUCAGUCACUGUGACGUGGAGAACAUAGGUCGGGAUGGUAUGAUGAAAAAUGACAAAUUGUCUUUCCACAACACUCCGCUUCGUCAUGAUUCCCUAAGAUUACACUUGGGCAAAAUGAUGACGUUUAUGAUUACAGACUGGGUUACACGCGUCUCCUCAAUCCUACUUAAAACGACCACAGAAUUGCAGUUAUUCCACAACGAUGUCUAGUCCUAAUAUCAAACAACGGCUCAAACUCAAUACGGGAGGAGAAAUCCCUGCCAUUGGCCUCGGAACAUGGAAGUCUGAACCAGGUGCAGUGGAGAAAGCCGUAUCAUUCGCCCUCGAGAAUGGGUACACCCACAUCGACACCGCAACAGCCUACGGUAACGAGGCUGAAGUCGGUAAGGGAAUCAAACAAUCUGGCGUGCUUAGGCCAAAUGUAUUCGUGACAACGAAAUUAAACAAUCCGGAUAUGGGGAAGGGACGUCCAGAGAAGGCGUUGCAAAAUUCGUUAUUGCAACUGGAUUUGGACUAUCUGGAUCUUUGGCUGAUGCAUUGGCCUGCUCCGAUGACUGAAGACCAGAAGGCAGACAAAUCGGUUGAUUGGCUCGACACUUGGCAUGAGAUGGAGAGGCUACACAAAGAACAACCCAACAAGAUUAAGGCCAUUGGUGUGUCCAACUUCUCCCAAGAAUUCAUGGAGCGACUGCUAUCGAACUGUUCAGUCGUUCCAGCCGUUAACCAAAUCGAACUUCAUCCCGGAUGUUCCCAACAAUCAUUAGUGGACUUCUGUCAGAAAAAAGGAAUCGUCGUCUUCGGUUACUCGCCUUUAGGAAGUGACAAUGCCCCUUUAUUCAAGAAUCCGAUUGUCAAGGAACUUGCCGACAAACAUAAGGUAUCUCCCAACACAAUUUUGAUCUCGUUACAGGUUAAUAGGCCUAAUGUUGGCGGUGAGUUCUAUGACGGUAUACUGUACUCGUAAUGUCGGCUGUUUGCUCAUUAUCCGUCUGCGUUACCACAGUUAUAGUGAAGUCUGUAAACGAAGACCGCAUUCUCGCCAAUUUAAAGACUAUUCAGUUGUCGGAAGAGGAAAUACACGCUUUGAACGAUAUGUCGAGGACGGAACCAUUCAGGGUGGCGCACCCUCGGUGGACCGGCUGGGGGAAUAUUGGCUUCACGGAGGCGGUCUAGUUUAUCCAUACAACUAUAGGGCAUUGAAUGAAGGAGAUAUUGUGCUCCCAUGGAAAUAUAAAAGUGUUGCUGUCAAUUGCGAAAAUGGCAGAGUAGAGUGGAAUCGACGAGUAAAGAAGAAAAUUGAACUCUUUUCCCCCCCACUCCUCUCCUUGGCCAUCUAUUUUCAUUUUCCUCACUGUGGCCUUCAGAAGACUUUUUUACAAGUAAUCGGGUCAUCCUCCUAUUAUCGACUCAUCGGAAUUGCGAAC